UUUCGUCAUUGCUGAUUGAUUAUACCCCAUGCCCACCUCCACAAUCGUCAGCAGUUCAGCACUCACCAGCUACUCCAGUACUACUCGCGCAAAUCUGUAGCAGCAUCCGCCGCCGCCGGCUGCUUCGUGGAAAUGGGCAAGAAAGCUAUCCGAUACGCCGUCGUGGAUGCCUUCGCGGCCGAGCCAUUCAAGGGCAACCCUGCAGCGGUGUGCCUGCUCGAAGACGAGGGCGCCGCCGCGGACGAGCGGUGGAUGCAGUCCGUCGCCGCCGAGUUCAACCUCUCGGAGACCGCCUUCCUCGUCCGCGACUCCUCCCGGCCAGCCGCCGCCGCCCCGCGGUUCCACCUCCGAUGGUUCACUCCCGUCACCGAGGUCGACCUCUGCGGGCACGCGACGCUGGCAUCGGCGCACUUCCUCUUCACGACUGUUCUCGCCGACCAUGUCAUGGUGGAGUUCAUGACCAGGUCCGGGAUACUAACUGCCAAGAAAGUUACUGCACCAGGGAGUACUGGUGUCUCAGAAGAAGAGCAGGGGAAGCUGUUUAUUGAGCUGGAUUUCCCCAUGGACAGUUUUAUGGGUUGCAACAUCACCGGCGAUACGCCUUUGAUCCCUGAGACUCUAAAUGGCUCUUCAGUUGUCAGUGUUCACAAAUCGAAGGCCGACGGUGACCUCAUUGUGGAACUUUCUUCAGCAAAAGAGGUUGCCGAUAUCGUUCCUAGCAUUGACGAAAUAAAAAGUUUGGACAGCAGGGGUCUUAUUGUUACAGGACCGGCACCUGCUGGAUCUGGUUAUGACUUCUUCACACGUUUCUUCUGCCCAAAAUUUGGGAUAGAUGAGGACCCUGUUACUGGCAGUAUACAUUGUGUUUUGGCACCCUAUUGGGGAAGAAAGCUGGGGAAGCAAAAGUUGACGGCAUAUCAAGCAUCUCCAAGGGGUGGAACACUAUACCUGGAACUGGACGACCCAAAUGGGAGAGUCCAAAUCAAGGGAGAAGCUGUUACUGUGAUGGAUGGGACACUCCUAGCCUAGAUAGCAUGCCAUUGUCAUCAAUGUACUCGUUUAUGCUUCGAAGUACAGCAGUUCAUGGAGUUGUAGUAUGACCUUGAUGCUGGCAACUGUAUUUGCUGUUGUAUGCUGGUUUAACAAUAAACUGGAUGAGGUAUAAUAUAAAAUUUCCUGA